ACCUAAGUCGCCAUUUUGGAUAUCCAUUGGAUACCUUUUUCUGUUGUUUAACAACACGCGCUGGAAGAUAAAGAACAAGUCUUAGGAAGACGAAAUGGCUUGCUGUGUCGCUGUCGGCUGCUGUAAUCGAUCAGACAGAAAAGACUUGUCAUUUUACCGCUUUCCUAAAGACCCAGAGAGGAGGACUUUAUGGGUGCAAGCAGUGUGCCGCCGAAACUGGAAUCCCACCGACUACUCCAGAAUAUGCAGUAAACAUUUCAUCUCGGGACAAAAAAGCAACAACCCUCUGUCUCCGGAUUAUGUACCCUCUCUUUUUGCGUAUACCCCAACCGCUGAAAGGAGAGUCAUAAAAAGAGAAGCAAGCUACAGCGAGGAACCUACGAAGAAGAGUCGCACCAAAUCUAAUCAGACUGAAAUAAUAAGUGCUGCAACUGCACUGCUGGAUCUUUCUGGGACUGGACCAAACAGUGGGACAGCGGAUGACAAUGGGGAAGACGUUGACCUGUACAACGAAGAGGUUUGCCAAGCAGAUCUGCCUGGGGAAGAGGAAGAAGAAACGGGUGUGGAAGCUCAGACUGACCUGAGCGGUGAAGAUGUUGACAUUUUGACAUCCGCAGUUCAAAAGUUGACUUCAGAAAAACAACUGCUGACUGAUCAGCUAAAGAUCAUGGACCUCUCUGAGGAAUCGUUUAAAGAUAAUGAUGAAAAAACAAAGGUUUACACAGGUUUACCGACAUUUGUCUCAUUAAUGACCAUCAUGGAUUUGAUCAUGCCUUGUUUACGGAAACCAAACUCGGCCUUAUCGCCAUUUCACAAAUGCUUAUUGACAUUAAUGAAGCUAAGACUUAAUGUCAGUAUGCUAUACCUAUCAUAUGUUUUCAGAGUUCACUACAGCACAGUUGCAAAAACAUUUUCUGAUGUGAUCACCUUUUUAAAUAUCAAAUUAGUUCCUUCUACUGUAUUUUGGCCAGAAAGAGAUCAGAUAAAAAGUACAAUGCCCCAACUUUUUAAAGCUACAUAUCCUGAUUGUGUUUCGAUACUGGACUGUUUUGAGGUAUUAACUGAAGGACCUUCAUACCUUGAAACCAAAACCAUAAACAGUUCACAUUAUAAAAGUCACAAUACAAUGAAGUAUUUAAUUUCAGUAACGCCACAAGGUUUCAUUAAUUUUAUAUCCAAAGGAUGGGCUGGCCGUACGUCCGAUCGGCUGGUAACGGAGAGCUGUGGCUACCUGAACAAUCUUGCUCCAGGAGAUGCUGUUCUUGCAAACAAAGGGUUUAAUAUUGAAGAUAUUGUUGCACUACGUGGUGCGAGGUUGAUAGUUCCUGUCAUCACAAAAGGUGUCAAACAGCUGCCGCAUGGGGAAAUCACAGAAGGUAAAAAACUUUUAUCAGUUAGAAUAAAUAUGGACCGAGCUCUGGGCAACCUAAUGCAAAAAUACCCAAUUUUACGGAGCACCUUUCCUAUCAAGUUCUUACUCACGGAUCAAGCGGUAAAGAUGUCAACGCUUGAUAAAAUUAUGAGAGUCACUUGUGGCCUCUGCAAUAUAUGUAACUCUGUGAUGCCAUGUAAUUAGAUUGACCCCAGAAACUCCUCCACUUUGUAGAUUUUCCAAGCUGGUAUUUGGCAAAGGAUACUUUAGGUAUGUUACAUCUCAAUGAUCCCUGCAUCACAGUGAUGUGAACAUACCUGUCAAGUUUUGGGCUUGAGAAAACGGGAAAUGUCGCCGUCCGAGACUAAUUAUGUAGACUGACAUAACAGCGUA